UUUUUCGUAUCUUCACACCAACGACGCCUCCCACUUCGCUCUCUGGUGCCAUUGCACUUGUUUGCCCCGGUCUCAGCUGAACUCAUACCAAAAUGGUGUUGUUGAUGACAAUGCUAAGAAGCAGCAGAGGGAACGCCUCCAUCUUUGGCACGAGGAGGUGGGCCCACAUCGCUGCCAUGCCUCCACCGAUGGGUGGAGCGAUGCCUCAACCUAACAUUUCACCGCCACCGUUAGUUCUGCCAGAGUCCGAUAGGGACACAGAGGAUAAUAACAACAUCGGGUUCGGGUUCCCGAGUUUCUUGUUCGGUGAAUCCAUGGAGCUCAUGGCUGUUCCCAAGAGGAAGACUUCUCCCCACAAGAGAGGCAUAAGAAAUGGCCCAAAGGCUCUGAAACCUGUCCCAGUGAUAGUUCGAUGCAGGGCUUGUGGUCGUGUCAAGCUACCACACUUCUAUUGUUGUAGCGGUAGGGAAAAUGCCGGUGAGCAUGAUGGCUCAACAAGUUGAGAUUGAAGUCUAUAGAGCACCCAACUUUAGUAGACGUGUAGGAUAGAGAGGUUGAAAGUGUUUUAGACUUGAGAAUCGAUCUGCAGCUUUCUAUGUCGAGUUUGUUCUUUCCUUACCCUUACCAGUAUACAGUUUAUAUCAAAUGCCUUCCUUCUCUUUCUGUUAUUGUGCAAAAACUGAGAGAUGUGGUAGGCCUUUAAGCAAAAUAAACGAAUUGGUGUUUGUUCACUGAAUGAAAGGCAAUUCUUCUCCUCA